CAGUCCGUUCCUUCCUUGUCUGGAAUUAUGGAAGCCUGAAAUUAGUGGCCCGAGUGGAUUUCGACCCAUAUCUAAUAAAAUUAUCAUGUUAACAUCGAAGUGCAAAAGAAUAGUGACUUUAGUUAUUUUACUCGGAAAUUUCGCAAUCCACGACUGCAGUCAUGAAAUAAAACACUUACCUUGCCCUGCUUCACUGGCAAAGGCGCUCAUCAAUUACACAAUACUUCCCAAUCGAUCGUUGAUUCAUGAUCAGCUUACCUAUUCACCUGACCUCUACUGGACUGAAGAUUCAAAAAAUAUCACGUACGGAUGUGUCUGCAAUGUAUCAGAAGCCUGUACCAGGAAAUGUUGCGAGGCCGGGAAAGUGUUAAAAGAGAACAUGUGCGUUGAACCGGACACCACGCAGGGCUCAUUAUCAGUAUUAAGACCUUGGAACCAAGAAUUGGCACCUGAACUAUGGUGGAUCACCCAACUGGGAGAUGCCUUUUAUAUAGUGGAGAGUAUGGUUGUGUGCUUGGAAGGAAUCCAUCGGAUAAUCCUGGAUCCAUCAUAUCCUGAAGAUAUGUUUGUUCUUCAGAAGAAUGGUACACUUCAAGUAGGUUUAACGUCAUACUCGCCAUCUGAAUAUUGUCUAGACUGGACGGAUUAUACGAUGAACUUCUCAGCUGUGCUUUGUAUGUGGAUGCCGACAGAUGCUACAGAAAGUGCUCAUCCGAUUGGCAUGCUUGUUUCUGUUAUAUUUCUGCUGAUUACGUUCCUAGUAUAUGCAAUUUUACCAGAUCUUCAUAAUUUGCACGGAAAAACAUUGAUGUGCCAUAUGGCUAGUCUCAUAAUAGGAUACGCUGGUUUGGUCACUCUCAAGUUCGAUUUUGGAUACCUGAUGUCAAAUAAUGUCUGUAUUACAUUAGAUGACUGGACUACUAGAAAAAAUAUCGCAGACAGUGCGAAUAAGACGAAUAGUGAGAAGCGAGGGAACCCACAAAAAACAAGCGAGAAAGACAGAAGUAUGAUAAGCACACCUCUGAGGGUGGAGUCUUUAACGUCAAAAAAAGUUUGUUUUGACCAAUGACAGCAGUGGAACAUUAUAUAGCCUUUAGAAAAUCUCGUGAAAAAGUGUGUACUGUAAUUGAAAUAUUACGGUCGCAUGGUAGGCCAUGCGGCAGAUCAAAAUCCUAAAUGAAAUGUAUAGUCUACUAUAGUCUCUCCUUCGCGCGCGAACGAAAACUAAACAGAGUGAAUAAGUACUAAACAAUCAUGUGCGCGUGCGAAGUUUUGUAUUCAUUUUUAGCAUUAACCCAAUUUUCGAAUCAAUAUUCAGUUGCUAAAACUUGUAGACCACUCAAAUGUUUGCC